GUAAAUGACUUAAGCGCAGAAGUCACAGGGAGGCUACUCUUAAGAAACUUACCACAAAAUGACUAGCUCGAGAGAAAAGUUUUUCUACACGAGGACUCUGUGCUGUCUUUUAAAAUCGCUAGAAGGCGUUGAGACGGAAAUAGAGCUUAGAAAUGAUUCAUCUGUUAAAGGGAUUAUUGAGACUGUUUCGUCUGCAAUGAGUGUUACCAUGCGGAAUUGUGUGCUGACAUUUGGCGACCGACGAAAAUUUUUUCAAAAUCUUUUUAUCCAAGGAAGAAAAAUUCGUAUGGUCUUUGUGCCUGACGACAUAAACAUGAUACAAGCUAUGCAGCAGACGAUAAGUAGAUUUAAUGUACAGUUUCAAGGACGUAAAGAGUUUCUGAAACCACGGAGGCAAGGUAGAAGCCGGGGAUCAAGCAGAGGACGGGGUGGUGUAUUUUGUGGUAAGUUAAGUGGCACUCAUCACACCUUUGUUGCUGGAAAUGCUGAUGUGAAUGCGCAAAUCUAUGGUUUGAAAGACAUAAACACAUUGACUGGUGCUUCUGACAUGCACAAAGGAUGUGUUUCAGCUUCACAACUUAAUACAAAUGACGGUGCUGCAGAGCAGCGAGGCAAAGAUUCAGAAGCAAUCAAGUCAAAAAGCGAUAGUAAUAUUCAGGAUAUUUUAAAACAGAUGGCGUAUAAUACUACAGAGCCAGAGCAAGAACAAACUUUACAUUCAGGUGUGAGAGAGGUUUAUCUCAAACAACUUGCAUCUGCCUCAGGUGAGCAGCCACGCCAUGCAGAAACUAUCCGAGCAGCUGUCCACCAACCAUAUAUGUCUCCUCAAAGCAGAAAAGCUGAUCAAUCAUUUUCAUUAAAACUACAAGAUACUAGAGACAGCCAGUUUGGUAGGCAUUCCAGCCAUAAGUCUUCUGUUCCACUAUCUUCUCAAGAAUGCUCAACUGAAAACACAAACAUUCCUCAAGACACUAUUAUUCUCCUGAAGUGGACAUUAAACAAUCAAGAAUAGACAGGAGAGAGACCACAGGUCACCACAAAGCCAUUUCAUCCAGAGAGGAUAUGUAUCCUCCCCAACAAAAGAGCAGACCUAAGUAUGAUGUGCAAACUAACAGAAGUGGUGAUGGAGAGAAGCUGACCUCUAGAUAUGACCAGUCUGGGAGCCAAGAAUCAAGAAGCCAGGGUGAUCAUUCUAGAAAACAUUUCUCUAAUGACAGACCUAAAGACAAGACCAGAAGAGAUGAUUCAGAGGAGCGCCAGCAGCAUACAAAGGGUAGGACAUCGGUGAGAGUACGGGCACCCACAAGACAUGAUCAUUAUUCAAGAUCUUACUCAAAAGAUGAACAUUGACUGAAAUAAAAUGUUGCUGAUAGUUUUGUAGUGAAAAUUUCUUAAAAACAAAUAAAGAAAAGCAUUGAUAAGACAGUCACAAAUGUAUCUGAGGUAUGUGUAUUCAGUUGUUUAGUUUUUUUUUUCUUAUUUAACAUUACCUGCCUUGAUAUCAAAUGGUUGCUGUUAUAAUCCUUCUGCAUACUGUUCAUCGAAUAUUUACAAACACUUGUUACUUAUUUAUCAGCAUAGGUGGAUGAAUGUCAUCAGAGAGAAAGUGUCUGGACACUUUUCCAAUGUCUGGACACUUUUGGUCUUCAUGGAUUAGUUUUCAACACAAAACCACCUUUUGAUCAGCAGACACCUACUAAAUGUGGAUAUUUAUUGCAGAUAUCUUAUGGACAAAAUUUGUCCCUUUACCUGUCACAAGUGGAUAGCUUUUACUUUAGUUUUGCAGAAAAGUCACCCAUCUUCAAAAAGUCAAAGAAUACAAUAGGUUUACAUUGGUUGGUGUAGCCUGGGGGUGGAUUUUUUUUUAUCGGUUCUCCUGCUCAGAAUUUGUUUCAAGUGUCCAUUUAGUCCACUUCUGUUGUCAAAGCAAAGGAGAAAGAGUGAGUUUUUAUAGGCUUUUGACCAAUUUCUACUGUGCAUGACACUGUUAACUUUUUUUUUUGUAAAUUGUUGAAAAACACCGUAAAUAAGAUUGGACAAAGAAUUCUGCCAUAGGGGAUUUUGUUGAACACAUACUUUAUUAAAGUUUUCAGCUCCUAACAUCUUGUUUUCUACCAGUUAAAAAAAAAUGCAAAUCCUUGUAAGUAAAUUUCCUCCUGUUCCAUAGGCUGCCGGAUACUUGCAUGAAGCUGUUCCAUAGUUUCUUUAGCUUACUAUUUUUCAUGUGGUACUAACCCUAUAUUGAAUGCCUUUCUAAAAUCCAAGUAUAACCAUUAUCUAGCAUUGAAGUUAAGUCUCCCACAGCUUCUAGUUGUGUAAGAUGACCUUUUUCUUUCCUUGAAACCAUGUUGAUAGCGAAUAGUAUAAAUUUAGUAAAAAUUCACAAUUGCAUCUCUGACAAAUGUCAAGUACCUUAUAUAGUAUGCAUAUCAAACUAAGUGGCCUUUAGUUACCUGGGUCUUUAUUAAACUGUUUUUGUUAAAUAGUGCUAACACUUAUGUAGACUUUAACUUUUCAGGCCAAAUACCUAUUUCUAGGGAUUUAAUAUCAGCAUACUGGGCAUAACUCUUCACUUUAUCCCUUACCUUUUUACUAACAAAUGCAUCCAUGUUCUUGAGUAAUAUAUUACAUGCAUUUAGUCAACUUUUAUUUAUCUGAUUAUGUUUUGUAUUAAAAUCACUUCUGUGUACACUGGAUAUUUCUUGCAGGUUUUUGGAUGAGACUUGCAUGCCUCUAGUUCUGGCUCAGGACUAUGUCUUCUUUCCUUGUGCCAGCUUUUCUUAUUCUGAAUCACUGUUUACCCCUUAAGAUAUAUACAUUUAUUGUAGUUAUAAUAUGUUAGCUUUCAGGGUUUUACUUCACCUAGUUUUCAAGGGAAAAGAGCUGUCUCUAGGUUCUCUCAGAUCUUUUUCGGUCAAUAAUAUAAGAUGUGCCCUAUGCGUAACAACGAUGAAGAUGAGUUUCAUUUUAUCUUGUGCUGUCCGUAUCUGAUAGAUCUAAAAAAUGUUUCAUUCCCAAAAUGUAUUACAUUAGACCAAAUAGCUUUAAACUACAGAGGCUUAUGUCUACAAAAAAUGAAAUAAUACUAACCUUGCCAAGUCUUUAUAUUAAGUGACAAAGGAAAGAAAUGCCAUGCUACAUUAAAGAUAUUUUUCAUU